UAGAAAAAUCUUGAUCCACACUUCGUACAUUCCUUUAGAUUUCUCUUGAUUUCCAGCCGCAGUGAAUCAUCCGUACGCAAUGUCUCGGAUGCUUCUCUGGUCCCUAGCCCUUGCCGGUGCAGUGGCCGAAGAGUGCAACUCAAUGCUGCAGACUGAUCUUCGAAGCGCCAGUGGUAUGAUGAGUCGCCUUGACUUCAAGCAUGCACUGGAGGAAGGGGGUAGCACAGCCAUUCCUUGCAUCAUCCACCAAACGGCCAAGACGCAUACCCUCAAGGAGCAAGAAGCGAAGUGGGCACAAAUUUGGAAAGACAUGAAUCCCAAGUGUGAGUACAAACUUUGGAAUGACACUGAGAUUGCCGAGCUGGCGCAGAAGGCAUCUCCCAAGAUCAUUUGGCCCAUUUGGGAAGGUUUGCAACCCGUUCAGCGCGCCGAUGUCUUCCGCUAUCUCGUCCUGUGGUACCAGGGUGGCUACUAUGCUGAUGUGGAUGUCGCAUGUAAAAAGCCAGUCGAUCAGUACAAACUUCCAGAGGCAACCAACAUGAUAGUUGGCUAUGAAUUCGGUCAUCGCUUUCCUGAAUGGCAGCGAGCUCAGAUCAAGUUUGCCCGCACCGAGCAGUUUCAGCAAUGGUUCAUCGCAUCGGCUCCAGGCAACCCGGUGCUCCUUCGCUGUUUGGAGCUGAUCCGGCAACGCUACACCUGGAAGGUCGAGAGCACGUUGGAGUUGACGGGCCCCGGCGUCUUCAGCGACGCGGUCCACGAGUUUUUGGAAAUGAAGAGUCCUCACGCUGUGGAGAACGAAGUCAAGGUCCGACGUCAUCCCCCCGAUGUGCACUUCUUGUCCUACCCCAGCGAAAAUCUCUUUGGCUACGGUCAGUGGAAGAUGUGGGUCUUCGCGGCCGGCCGCGUGAACGCGGCACCAAUGAUCGCGGCGGACGAUCCCACGGAGGGUGUAGAGAACAUGGUGGAGCACCAUUUUGAAGGUUCCUGGAAGAAAGACCAGGAUAUGGAAGAUUCGCAGAAGAAACGCCAAGCGCUCGCGCAAGCAACAAAGGCGACAUAGGAUGAUCCUUGCCUGUGCUGAGCGGACUUUAAAUCCCGCUCCAAGUCAGCCGACAGCUUGGUGAUAGCAUUUUCCUGAGCCAUUGCUGGGUUCUGAAUCUAUUUCCUCUAUGUGAAGAUCAUCUGAAGUGCGGGAGUUACUACGAAACAACAUGCUCCUGUCCCGUCCUUGUCCUUGAUAUCACUCAAAGUUGUGAUGUCC